CACUGUCUACCGAUCUCAAGAAUUUUUGUAUUAGAACUGCUCAUUUUCUACCCGUUUCUUGGUGGAUUUUGUGUUUCCUCUCAAAUGUUCAUACAGAUCAAUCUCAUAGUGAAUCAUUAAGUUCUGUCAGAUACAUGUCGACUUCAGCAAGUGCUUUAGCAAUCGAAAAGCAGGUUGAAUUACUUACUGGGGUGGAGGAUAAUUAUGAAGGAAUCAUCCUUGAAAUGGAGAAAUAUAUGGAUUCUGAUGCCUUCCUUUCUUUACUUAGAGCUUCAUUGUCACAAUGGAAGCAACAAGGAAAGAGGGCGGUUUGGAUUAAAUUACCUAUUGAAUUUGUUAAUCUGGUUGAACCCACGGUUAAGGAAGGUUUUAAAUACCACCAUGCUGAAACAGAUUAUCUAAUGCUUGUAAAGUGGAUCUCCGAAUCUGCCAAUACCAUUCCUAACAGCGCUUCACAUCGUGUCGGGAUUAGUGCUUUUGUUAUGAAUGAAAAAGGAGAGGUGCUUGUAGUUCAAGAGAAGAGUGGCAAGUUCAAAGGCACAGGUGUCUGGAAAUUCCCCACUGGAGUUGUCGAUGACGGUGAGGAUAUUUCAGAGGCAGCAAUGAGGGAGGUUAAAGAAGAGACUGGGAUCGACACAGAAUUUGUGGAAAUUUUAGCAUUCAGGCAAAGCCAUCAGUCGUUCUUCACAAAAUCAGAUCUGCUUUUCAUGUGUAUGUUACGUCCGCUUUCAUUUGACAUUCAGAAGCAAGAUAGAGAGAUUGAAGCUGCCCAGUGGAUGUCGCUCGACGACUAUGCAGAGCAGCCUUUUAUCCAGAAACAUGAUUCCUUCCGAAGUGUCGCCAAAGUAUGCUUAACAAAGUUAGAGAAGGAGUAUGCCGGAUUUUCCCCGGUUCCUACAACCACUACUGCUUCUGGCAAGACCAGUUACUUGUACUUCAACAGCAGGGAUGUGAGCAAACUGUAAGCAGCAGUAACAAGGUAUGAAUGAAACUCUGAUUCUUUCUAUGCUUGCAAGUUGCAAAUGCCGAUACAAUAGAAAAUCGAAGUCAAUGAUAGAAGUUAUGUUCAAUGUUUCUGAAGUUUUUCCAUCUACGGGGAAGGUUCUCGUGGGAUUAUAUCUUCGUACUAAUGUCUGGAUAUGUGUCGAAUACUCAAUGUCGGAUCUUAAUAUAUA